CUCCUUCAUUUCAUGUUAUACUUGUGCUGCUUUGCGAAUUAAUUCGGAGUCUCUGUCUCAUCAGAUCUGCUCUAGAUUACCUUCGGCAGGGUAACCAUGGCUCUGGUCUUGCAUUCUGGAAACACUAAUAGUAAUGCCUUCAAGACGCUCAUUGCCGCAGAAUACAGUGGUAUCCAGGUUGAACUGGUCAAGAAUUUUGAGAUGGGUGUCUCCAACAAAACUCCUGAAUUUCUUAAGAUGAACCCUCUGGGGAAGAUUCCUGUGUUGGAAACUCCUGAUGGUCCUGUAUUCGAGAGCAAUGCCAUAGCUCGCUAUGUUACUCGUUUGAAGAGUGACAACCCACUUUAUGGCUCUUCCCUGAUUGACUAUGCUCAAAUUGAGCAGUGGAUUGAUUUUUCAACAACUGAAAUUGACUCCAAUAUUCGGCGUUGGUUAUACCCACGAUUUGGACUUAUGCCAUAUCUUCCCCCGGUUGAGGAAACUGCCAUUUCUGCUUUGAAGAGAGCUCUAGGUGCUUUGAACAUGCACCUUGCUUCGAACACAUACUUAGUUGGACAUUCUGUAACUCUUGCUGACAUCAUCAUGGUCUGCAACUUGUGGUUUGGAUUCUUCUUUGCCAUGACUAAAAGCUUUACCUCAGAGUUUCCACAUGUUGAGAGGUACUUCUGGACAAUGGUUAACCAGCCAAAUUUCCACAAGAUAUUGGGUGAGGUAAAGCAGACAGAAGCUGUUCCACCAAUUCAGUCAGCAAAGAAGCCUUCUCAGCCGAAAGAGCCUGCAAAACCUAAGCUCAAAAAUGAAAUUAAAAAAGAGGUGAAGGAAGAACCUGCAAAGCCUGAUGAUGCCAAGGAGGAAGAGGCACCAAAACCCAAACCAAAGAAUCCUCUUGAUCUCUUGCCGCCCAGUAAGAUGAUAUUGGAUGAUUGGAAAAGGCUCUACUCGAACACCAAGACCAAUUUCCGUGAGGUUGCCAUUAAAGGUUUCUGGGACAUGUAUGACCCUGAGGGAUACUCUCUCUGGUUUUGUGAUUACAAAUACAAUGAUGAAAACACUGUAUCAUUUGUCACCCUUAACAAGGUCGGUGGUUUCCUCCAACGGAUGGAUCUGGCUCGUAAAUAUGCUUUCGGCAAGAUGCUGGUUAUUGGCUCAGAGUCACCAUUCAAGGUGAAGGGGUUGUGGCUCUUCCGUGGACAAGACAUACCUCAAUUUGUUCUUGACGAGUGCUACGACAUGGAGCUCUAUGAGUGGGUGAAAGUUGACAUCUCAGACAAGGCCCAGAAGGAGCGUGUUAAUCAGAUGAUUGAAGAUCAGGAACCUUUUGAGGGGGAGGCUCUAUUGGAUGCAAAGUGUUUCAAGUGAUGAGAAAACUGGUUCCAUUAACCCAUUUUUGCUUGAUGGUACAU